GAACACCACAGCACAAAUCAACAGAUCUUUUUCUGUAAACUGAUCAUUACUAUCUAUCAAAUACUUCAUUCCUUGCGAGAGGAAAGAGAGCUAGAUUUAUAAGUUGUUUUGUUUUCUAUUAGUGUAAUAACAAUGGGGUUAGAGAGGAAAGUGUACGGUUUGGUUAUGGUAUCUUUGGUACUUAUGGCUAUUGUAACGGUGUGUUCUGUCCAAGCUACAAUCCAGGAAGAAGCGGCUAAGGAUGAGUCAUGGACUGAUUGGGCCAAGGAAAAGAUCGGUCUCAAGAACGAAGACAACGUCCAACACACCGUCCAAGACGACGCUUGGAAAGCGAGUGAAAAAGUUAAGGACGCGAAAGAUGAGGCUAAGCGUAAAACAGAGGAAGCGGUUGGAGCAGCCAAGGAUAAAGCGGGAUCGGCUUACGAGACAGCUACAUCUAAAGUUGGCGAGGGUAUUGGUUCUGUGAAGGAUAAGGCCUCGGAGAGUUACGACUCAGCUGGUCAAGUCAAAGAUGACGUCUCUCACAAGUCAAAGAAAGUAAAAGACAGCCUGUCGGGAGAUGAAGACGAUGAGUCUUGGACUGAUUGGGCCAAAGAGAAAAUCGGAAUCAAGAACGACGAAAAUAACCCUAACUUGGGAGAGACGUUUUCCGAGAAGGCUAAGGACGCUAAGGAUGCGACUAAACGCAAAGUGGGAGAUGCGAAGGAGAAGUUGGAGGAAACAGUCGAGGCCACGAAAGAGAAGGCAAGCGAUAUGACAAAGGCCGCUAAGGAGAAGGCGGAGAAGUUGAAGGAGAAAGCAGAAAGAGAUAGCAAGAGUGCGAAGGAGAAGACUAAGGAAAGCUACGAGACUGCGAAAUCAAAAGCGGAUGAGACUUUGGAAUCUGCAAAAGAUAAGGCGUCGCAGAGUUACGACUCAGCAGCGCGUAAGUCAGAGGAAGCUAAGGACACCGUGUCACACAAGUCAAAACGUGUUAAAGAUAGCUUGGCAGACGAUGAAGCAGAGCUUUAAAGAUGUUGAGGAAAUAAAAUCAUCAGUGGGUUGGACAGUGUUGAUGUUGUUUUCUUGGUUCGUAAUCUUAAUAUAUGUAAUCAUGUCCUAAUCUUUUGCCUGUUUUUGUUUUUGUUUUGGUUACGUUGUGUAUAUGUUGGUCUCUCUUGGGAUAUACACACAUCACACAUGGUACGUUUUGAAUAAGGAGGCCUACGUCAAUAGUCCACUUGGACCCGUUAGCAAA